AUGACUUGUGGAGUUUCCAUUCGUGAUCUUCCCAAUAUCUUCCGAGACCUAGAUAUACAAGAAGUUUACGGUGUAAGUGUUGAUAAUGAGGAAAUCGAAACAGUUGUAACUAAGAGCGGAUCAUCAGUUGAGAGCUGGAUUGAAUGGAUUUAUAAUGAGUACGAUGAUGAUUAUGUUAACCAUCCCACUGUUGGUCUUGAUGUGUAUUGGAAACCUUCUUUUGGUACCCAUCGUAAUCCAGUAGCAAUAUUACAACUCUGUGUUGAUCGUAGAUGUUUGAUUUUUCAGAUCAUACAUGCCGAUGAAGUCCCUGAAUGUCUUGAUGAGUUUGUUAAAGACACUAAUUAUAGAUUUGUUGGAGUUGGAAUUCAAAGUGAUGUUGAUAAGCUUGGAAGUGACUAUAAUCUCUGUGUUGAGAAGGUUUUUGAUCUUAGAGAUCUGGCUGCUGAGAAGUAUGGUAGGAAGGAUCUUAAGAAUGAUGGGUUGAUGAAAUUGUCUGAUUUUCUUUUGGAUAUUGGAUAA